AUGAUACAUGGCUAUGGUGGUGAUGCAAGGUGGCAGUUUCUCUAUCAAGUGGGUUCCCUGUCGCAAAAUUUUAAUUUGUAUGUUCCAGAUUUAUUGUUUUUCGGCAAGUCUUAUUCGAAGCGGUCAGACCGAACAGAUGUGUUUCAAGCAAGGAGUUUGGUUGAAGGUUUGAAAAGAUUGGGCGUAGACAGGUUCUCGGUGUACUCGAUUAGCUAUGGAGGGUUUGUGGCAUAUCGGAUGGCUGAAAUUUGUGCAGAGGAGGUGGAGAAGGUUGUAAUUGUGAGUAGUGGGUUAGGUUCCAGUGAUGAACAGAUAGAGGAGCAGAUUAAGAAAGUUGGAAGAGAUCCGGAAGAGAUACUUCUGCCCAAACAUCCAAAAGAUCUGAGGCUCUUAGUGAACCUAUCAGUAUACAAGACCAAGCCCUUGAGGUGGCUUCCUGAUUUUUUCCUUCAGGAGUUUAUCGAUGUAAUGGUUAAUAUUCGGAGAAAGGAAAAGUUAGAGCUACUGGAGAACUUGCUGGCCGAAAAAGCUGAUACAAACCUUCCCAUUCUAACACAGGAAACACUGCUAAUAUGGGGUGACCAGGAUAAUGUGUUCCCAGUAAACUUGGCCUAUAAAUUGCAAAGGCACUUGGGACCAAAAUCAAAGGUAAAGAUAAUCAAGGACAUGGGUCAUGCUGCAAAUAUAGAGUCGCCUGGUGCUGUGAAUGCUUUGAUUACAUCAUUUGUUUUGGGUUUUGAGGAUGGCGUGGGAAGAGUGAUCAUUGCUGCUAACUUACACAUUUCAAUCAACUAUGAAAAGGAAAUGCAAGAAAGAAGUGGGAUGGAGUGGAGCCUAAAUAUGGGGCUUGGUGAGUAG